AUGUCCCGCAAAGAAAAUGACCUGUGGUGGAUUGGUUUACACAGUUUUAAGAACGACGGGAGAUUAAGGUGGUCUGAUCAUUCUGUGCUCAAUUAUGUGUCCUGGGGACUAGGAGAGCCUCAACCAAUCACCAAAGAGCCCAAAUGUGCCCAAAUCUCCGCUUCAAAAGGUGACUGGUCAGACCAGAGCUGUCACAUCGAUCUGCCAUAUGUGUGUAAAAGGGUCAAUGUGAUGGGUACCAUCGCUCCCACACCUGCUCCUCCUCUCAUGCCUGCUGGCUGCUCCCGGGGCUGGAGUCCUUUACUACACAAGUGUUAUAAGGUGUUUGGAGAGGAGCUGUCGAGUCGUAGCACUUGGGAAUCUGCAUCCAACAUGUGUCUGACACAUAGAGCCACGCUAGUGACAGUGCCCAACCACAGAGUUCAGGCGUUCAUGGUGACUCUGCUGCCCAACAGCAGUUUCCAUGUGUGGGUGGGGCUCACUUCAGGAUCACAGGCUCAGUUCAUGUGGCUUGAACCUGGUUUGCUUAGCUACACUAACUGGGCCCCCGGAGAACCAGUGGACAACAGACAAAUGAAAAGCCCGGGUAACUGCAUAGUGCUUCUCCAUGGAAGUCCUCCCCAAAUGAUGGGCAUGUGGGCGUCUCGCAGGUGUGAUGCAGAGAAACACGGCUUCGUCUGCAUGAAAGAUAAAGACCCUACCUUGCCCCCUGAUGUGGACCUUCUUCCCCCAUCAUUAGAUGGUGCAUUAGUAUUUGAUGGCAUGCAGUACCGGAUUUUGCAGAAGCCUCUGGACUGGCGUGGAGCACUGUAUUUGUGUGACUCCAUUAAUGGCACACUGGCAGUGGUGCGGGAUCCUCGGCAGCACGCCUACCUCACACUCGUCCUCAGCACGCUCCGCAAACCCUCCUGGAUCGGACUACACAACGACGGGGCUCAGAGCUACACAUGGCUGGGUGAAGAGGAGCUCACAUUCAGUGACUGGCGGGAUGGAGAGCCUAAUCAAAUGUAUGGAUGUGGUCACAUGACCGUUGAGGGCCAGUGGGCCACAGCUGCUUGCAAUACCAAAUUAAACGCCAUCUGUGAAAUUAACACGGAGAGAAGGAUAGACCACAGGUGGAUAUAUCCAGGUUUUUGCCCAGAGCCUGUAGGUAAUUGGUCCUGGGUUCCUUUCAGAAAUCACUGCUACUCGUUCAUCCUCCACGAACUAAAAUUUAAACACGAGGCCAUACGCAUGUGUAACAAAGUGGGUGCUAAACUGUUGUCAAUAUUAGAUGAAAAUGAGAACAGUUUUGUAUGGGAGCACAUGCAGAGUUUUCAACAACAGGUCCACGGAGCUUGGCUUGGAAUGAUCUUUAACACCAAAGAAGGCAGUCUGGAGUGGUCAGAGAGUCAAGUAUUAGACUACAGUAACUGGGAGCAGCAGGACACUAAUCUGAGCAUGCUGACAGCCAACAGCUGCUUCUGGGUUCAGAGCAACACAGGCCUCUGGAGCCCCGGCUCCUGCAAAAAUGGCACACAUGGAGUCAUCUGUAAACGCCCACGAGGAUCCACAGCAGAGCUUGAAGUUCAGUCUGCGGUCGAUCAUCUCCAUGUAUUAACACAGGUCCUGGUUGCAGCACUCGUUCUGAUUGCUCUGGUGGUGGGAGGGAUUUAUCUGUAUCGUAGGUGGAGCUUCGGCUCCACGGGCGCUUAUGACAGCGCUCGGUACAGCCGCACUAACUCCGCCCCCUCCGAAGAAGCAGGUCUUGUUUCAGACCUGGAGUUAAACGAACAGGGCCAAUAAUGCUGGAUAUGUUCAAACUGAUUCAAAGCACCUAGGAAAGCAAAUCUGCUAUGGCAACAACUGACUGAGAGAAUUUAUGCUUAAAGAAAAGGGAACAAAGUGCCCCCCCCCCCAAAAAAAAAAAUCACAUUGACUUAAAACUUCCGGACUAUGAGAAUGCACUGUCACUUUUGAAGUUAUUUGCUGUGACUGUUUUUUAUUUUUUAUUUUUUUUUGUGCAGCUGAAAUUGAUGUUCUCUGGGUCAGAAUUCAGGUCCCUCAUGGAUAAAUCUGAAAAUGAUAAUCAUAAUAAUUACACAUCAAAUGAAACGAUUCUAUGUUUGAAGUUCAGUGAUGCAGGACCAAAAAAAAAAGAAAAAAAAGACUGUGGACAGAAAUAGACAGAUGAAAGUGCAUGAGAAUGAGCCUGUCACAAGCAGCGCAGUAUCUCUCUCUCACAUGUUGAACAAUCACAUGUUGAACACAGAGCUGCCCAACAGGAAGUCUGACCUCACUGUAACUGUUUUCUUGAUCUCAGCCGCUAUGAUGAGCUCACGUAAAAUCUGAAUCCAAACAGUACAAGGAAUGAAACAUAAACUUGGUUCGAUUAUCUGUGCUUAUUCUUAGUGUUGUGGAUGGGUUGGCCAAAUAAUUCACCUCAAAAUGUGAUCACAAAUGGAUCUGGUUGUAUAAAUGGCUGCCAUUACAUUCUUUAUACAUGUAUUUCUUAGAGUUUUAAGGAACAGUAUAUAUUUGGUAUAUUGCCUUUAAAGGAAUAGUUCACUCAUCCUCAGGCCAUGCAAGAUAUAGAUGAACAUCGCAACAGAAAUGUAACAUCAUAUUACAAAUAGUUACUCUGCAGUGAAUGGGUGCCAUCAGAAUGAGAGUCCAAACAGCUGAUAAAAACAUGACAAUAACCCACAAGUAACGACUCCAGUCCAUCAUUUAACAACAUGUGAAAUGAAGAAAUCAAUUAAAAGCAUUUUAAUGGUGAAUUUGUUUCUUACGAACAUACAGAUUUUCACUCCACAGGAGAUUAUGUUUUUAUAGACUGGAGAUUCACUGAAGAGAAUCCAUUGGUGAGCAAGUGAUGUGAUGCUAAAUUUCUCCAAAUUUGUUCCAAUGUAGAAACAAAUUCAUCAUCAUCUUGGAUGGCUUGCGGAUGAGUUAAUUUUCAGUAACAAACUUUUCAGUAAAUGUUUCAGUUUUGGGUGAACUAUUAUGUAAGAAAGUAAAUAGUGCUUGCCAGUGCAAAACUCAUCACAUACCGGGUUCGACGGUGGUUGAUAGGAUGUUACUAUGUGUUUUUAGUUCAUUUUUAUGCAAUUGCUUACUCAAAAGAUCUCACCUCAAAGUUUUUAAGUGUAAUAUUUGGGUUCAGGAGUUUCAGAUCCCUAAGUAUGAGGAAUAGUAAUAGAGAUUCUUGUUUUUAGCACACACCACUGAUAACCCAUAACCAGUGCUUCCAUAUAUCCAUACUAACUUUACUCACAUGCCAUUGCUUUUUACACAACUAGGUGGCACCAGUUCAGCACUUAUAAACAAUUCUUCUCUUUAAACUUUCUUGCUUACUGUUAAAACACCAUUUUGCAUAGUAUUUAAGUUUUAUUUAUGACAAUAGAGAUGGCCUUUAAUAUCAUUAUAAAAAAAUUAUCUGACCAUGCGGUUAAUUUGAACAGAAGUAAAGAGUAAUGCAACAUAUGGUCUGAAAAUGCAGUGCAACAACAGUUGUUUCUCAACUUUGAAAUGACAUGUUUGACUAUGACCAUAAAGAUCAUGCAGAGCAUUAUAUUAUGUGACUUCACCAAAUACAUAGGCUGUGAUAUCGGACACGGCCGCCAUGGCAUUGCACAUGGUCAUGCGAUUAUGAAACAAUCAUUCUAAUUUGUGAAAGACUUUGUAUGAGCGCCUCAGAUUGAAUUAGACAAAAUACAGAACAGUGGACUGAACUAUGGAAAGAAAUGAAUCAACUUCAGACCGUCUAAAAACAAUGAAAAUUUGUCAUUUUUAUGUUUGUUUUGAACAUUUUGUUUUAUGAAAUUGCUUUAAACAUAAAAUAAAAAUAUGUUUACUAUGUGACUGCUAUAAAAAAAAAUGCUUGUCUUGACAGUAUCUAGAGUUAUGCCUUUAAGUUAUUCAGAAAAUAUAAGGAUACUUCGAAACUUUACAUUGUUGGAAUAUGGAGCUCACUAUCUGUUUGAGCGAUUGCACUAAAUAGUAUGUGUCGCUAGGGGGCAGGAUUGGCUUUUAAAUAUUCACGGUUGGUCAAACGUUUGUGGUCACUAAGAUUUUUUUAACGAAAUGAAAACUUUUAUUCAGAAAGUGUUCAUUAAAUUGAUUAAAACUGACAGUAAAGACAUUUAUAAUGUUACAAAAGAUUUCCAUUUCAAAUAAAUGCUGUUCUUUUGAACUUUGAAGUUGAACAAAGAAUCACGAAAGA